AUGCCCGCCGAACUGUACGGGAUCCAGGCGCGCGACGUCGACGCCAAGAUCCGGCUGCUGAUCGACGGGCUCGUCAACAUCACGGACGCGACGGGCGAGUUCCUGCUGAAGCUGGACGACGGGCGCGUCAUCGACACCAAGGGGUGGAACGACUGGGAGUGGACGCACGGGGUGGGCCUGUACGGCAUCUGGCAGUAUUAUUUGCUUGUGGGCGAGGCGCGGUAUCUGGCCAUAAUCGAGGACUGGUUCCGGGACCGGUUCGCGGCGGGCGGGACGACCAAGAACAUCAACACCAUGGCCGUGUUCCUGACGCUGGCGUGCGUGUAUGAGCACACGGGCAACGCCACGUACCUGCCCUGGCUGGACGCGUGGGGCGAGUGGGCGUUCCACGACCUGGAGCGCACCAAGCACGGGGGCAUGCAGCACGUCACGUAUCUGUCGCUGCACGACCAGCAGCUGUGGGACGACACGCUCAUGAUGACGGUGCUGCCGCUGGCCAAGAUCGGGCUCGUGCUCAAGCGGCCGCACUACGUCGCCGAGGCCAAGAGGCAGUUCCUGCUGCACCUGCACUACCUCGCCGACACCAAGACGGGGCUCUUCUUCCACGGCUGGACCUUCGCCGAGGGCGGGCACAACUUCGCGCGGGCGCUGUGGGCGCGGGGCAACAGCUGGCUCACGAUUGCCAUCCCCGAGUUUCUCGAGCUGCUCGGCCUGGAUGUCGAGGCGGACCCCGUCGGCAGCCACCUUGGCCACGCGCUCGCUGCGCAGUGCGAGGCGCUAGGGCCGCUGCAGUCGCCGUCGGGGCUGUGGAGGACGCUGCUCGACGUGGCCGAGGACGAGGGGUCGUAUGCCGAGGCGAGCGCGACGGCCGGGUUCGUGUUCGGCAUGCUCAAGGGCCAGCGGAAGCGCUACAUCGGGAAGGAGCUCGAGGGCGUCGCCGUCAAGGCGGUGCAGGCGGUUCUGGACAAUGUCGACGCCCGGGGCGAACUGCUGAACACGUCGUUUGGCACUGCCAUGGGCACGACGCUGCAGCAUUACAAGGACAUCCCUAUAACGAGCAUGCCCUAUGGCCAAGCCAUGGCCGUUAUGGCUCUGGUUGAGUUUCUGCGUGCAUUCAUGUAG